CUGCAUCUGUUAUCAGGAAGUUUAUCACUAUUGUGGCCUCACCAAAGUUGCUGACGAAGCUAGAAUAAAGCUAUUUGCUGCCUUUCCUUCCAUGGCAACCAAUGAAAACCUCCCACCAAAUGUCAUUAGGCAAUUGGCUAAAGAAUUGAAGAAUCUUGACCAAUCGCCUCCAGAAGGGAUCAGAGUGAUUGUGAAUGACGACGACUUCACGAGUAUUUCUGCAGAUAUAGAGGGACCUGGCGGUACUCCAUACGAGAACGGGAUUUUCCGGAUGAAGCUAGUCUUGUCCUGUGACUUCCCUCAAUCUCCACCAAAAGGAUUUUUCGUGACCAAAAUUUUCCAUCCGAAUAUAUCAAGCAGAGGUGAAAUCUGUGUUAACACGUUGAAAAAGGACUGGAAUCCUACUCAUGGAUUACGGCAUGUUCUACUGGUGGUGAGAUGCCUACUGAUUGAACCAUUCCCAGAAUCUGCGCUCAAUGAGCAGGCUGGAAAGAUGUUACUUGAAAACUAUGAGGACUAUGCACGGCAUGCAAGGUUAUACACCAGCAUUCAUGCCCUCAAACCUAAGAGUAAGCCCAAGAGUGGAAGUAUCUCCGAGUCAACCACAGCUGUAAACGUGGAUCAGUCAAGCACAAAUCUCGGCGAAACUGCACCAUUGGCACCCACGGCAUUAUGUGCUACAGCUGCUGCCACCAAAGUGCUCGGUUCGAACUCACAGGAUCAGAAUGCUCCUGCCGAGCCCGCUGUUGGUACAUCUGCAGCAUUGCCCAAGAAGGAAGGACCUGUUGCCACAAAAGCGCCAGUCGAUAAGAAGAAGGUGGAUGCGAGGAAGAAGAGCUUGAAGCGAUUGUAAGCAAAACAU